UCCUCAGAGUGAUGACAUCUGAGGGAGAUCACUGCUCCGGACACUGAACUGGUUUCCACAGCCAGGAUGAAUGAGAUGAAGAUUGCAGUGCUGGGCGGUGAAGGUGUUGGCAAAUCAGCUCUCAUCGUCCGGUUCCUCACCAGGCGUUUUAUUGGCGAGUACGCAUCAUCCUCAGAGUGCGUGUACAGGAAGUGUCUGUCUUUGGAUGGGAGGCAAGUUCACCUGGAGCUCUAUGACCCCUGCUCUCAGGCCUGUGAGGGUAAGUCUGCUUUAAAAAGCCAGAUCCACUGGGCUGAUGGUUUCAUCUUGGUGUACGAUAUCAGCGACCGCUCCUCCUUCCUCGCGGUCAAAGCCAUCGUGCACCUGAUCCUAGAGCUGCACCAUGGAUCUGCCAAAAGGAAUGUAGACUCGCCCAUAUUUCUGGUGGGCAACAAACAGGACCUGUGCCACAUGCGAGAGGUGCAACGGGAAGAGGGUCAGCGUCUCGCCGCCGAGUUUCACUGCCAGUUCUACGAGCUGUCAGUGGCUGAGCACUACCAGGAGGUGGCGCUCAUAUUCUCCAAGAUGGUGCAGAAGGCCAGCCUGAGCAGCAAGGCCAAGGAGCGCAGGAGGCGCCCGAGCGGCUCAAAGUCCAUGGUCAAGCUCAUCAACAACAUCUUCGGGAAGAGGAGGAAAUCGGUGUGACGAGGACAGCUGUCAGUCAAGACUGGGACCAAUGGCUUCAUAAAUUCAUUAUGUUUAGUGUUGCUUUUGAUUAACAUUGAACUGACUCAGACGUGUAGCAACUGCCAGAAUUAGUUUGGAGGUGGAGGGGUUAACCAAAAUGUUCCCACAUCACUUCCUAACUUUUUCUCUCACUUGAUCACUGAUCUUGAUUGGACCAAUAUUGUCACAUGACACAUGCGGUUGAUAGACAAAAGGUACACUGUAGCUUUCCUUAGCUUUAAAUGAUUAACGUUUGUUGGCGUACUGAGGUUCCUUCGUCCCAUAUCCUGAUAUUAGAUUGUGGUGGUGUGUAUCCUGGUUUAGUUUUCCGUUUCAGAAUCAUUGCAGCUCUAGUGUGCAAACAGCUGUCAGCAUGAUAAUGCAGUAAUACACAGCUCGUAUUUACUUUAUGACCUGCUUCCUGCUUUCUGUAAUUAAUUCAUACUUUUAAUCUUCGAGAUCCUUGCAAGUCUUUUAACGUGAGAUGUGUCUUGGAUCGUUAUCAGCCAAAGAAACCAAACCUAAGGAAAAAUGUGUAACAUUUAAAUCAAGAGAAACAAAUGAAGUUAAAGCUGUGAUAUGUGACUUAAUGUCAGUGUUGCCAGAUCGGGAAUUGUUGAACUAUCGUACCAGGAAUUUAAAGGGAAAUUAUCUUACUCGAUCUGAGUAGGGAUGGGGCACUGAAUACCAACGUUUCAAAUUAUUUUGAAACAUGUGACAGAAAAUACUUUUGUUAAGCUUGCAAAGGUGUAACCAAGAGAUGAUCACAUUCAUAUCACUAAGAUGAUUGGCUGAAAAGACGUCAUGUCAAGUCUGAAGGUGGAUAAAUCUUGAUUAGAUCAUGUCAUGGUAUAUAAUUUCAAUGUUUUUGCAUCAAAUACAGAGUUCAAAAGGAACUUGUAAUGCUUUUACUCAU